GCAUAASUGACGAUUGUCCCCUGCGGUUGUCGUCGAUGAGCACGGUCGUGUACGCGUUGGCGGCAAGGGGAGACGACAUCGAUACRUGAGCRUUGGGAAAGACAGACGACCAUCGUCAGUGCGUGGCUCCGAAGAUAUUGCACAGCCACCGACGCUGUGAUCUUCCGCGUGGCGCUGUUUGUGGAGUCCAGAGGUUUGAUUGACGUCAUGUCAUCGGAAGCGGCGUCUGGGAUGGACGUUGACGGCGGGGCAGGGCGCGGCAGUUUGAUGACGGCGGAGAGGACGGCUAUUGCUGCGGUGGUUAAUGCCGUCCUCUUCCGCUGCCAGAUGGCGAUCAAUAACGCGAACUUCAAAGCGGCUGUUUGUGCACGGCGCAAGCUGUUGGCGCUUCCGACGAUUGGGCAGUGCUUGGAUGUGGCUGCCAUUUCCGACGCGGUGCUGGAGGUCUGCUACGCGAUGGGGUGCGGGGGGUUUCCAAGGGCGACUCCACGGUGGUGGGUGAAGCGGCGAACGGGCGGCACGUGGGAGGAUCUGCGGCAAUGUUUGCAGAAGGCGGUCGUGUUGCGCGCCUUCGCUGACAAGGGGUUUCCAAACUACCAUGGGUGCAUCGACUGCACACAUAUCUACAUCGACAAACCCGCAAACGCCAACGGUGAGGACUACUGCGACAGGAGACGUCGAUUCUCCAUGCAGGCACAAGUGGUGGUCGACAUGAACUUGCAUGUGCUAGACGUCUUCGUCGGUUAUUCGGGGAGUGUGCAUGACAUGAGGAUGCUGAACCUGUCGAGUUUGUGGGUGCGCGCGGAGUCAGGACAACUUUUCACUGGGCCGCAUGUGAUGCUGCCUUUCGGUGUGCGGACUAAUGGCUACUUGAUCGGCGACAACGGUUAUCCGCAGUCGGAAUGGAUAGUCGUCCCUUAUGGCGGUCUCGCUCAACACCUGACGGAGACACGCUUCGACAACAAACAGAAGACGGUCAGGGGAGCAGUGGAGAGGGCGUUUGGCAGACUGAAGGGGAUGUGGAGGUUGUUCCUCGGCACCCACAAGUGCAACAUGGACAGCUUGCCGCAACAAUUCAUCGCCGUCUGCAUCCUCCACAACAUACUCAUCGACGUCGGCAUCCCGUUUAACGACAAUUUGCUGUGGGAGGUGGGUCCAGACGGCGUGCGUCGUAGAGUGGAUCUGGGGAUGCAUCAGCCAUUGAGGCCAGUGUGCAUGGAGUCUUCGACGGGGGAUGCGCUGAUAUUGAGGGACGUGUUGGCGGAGCGGAUGAUUGCGCAGUGAGGUUGGCCGUGUUCGCAGUUGGAGACCCCGCCAUGAAUGGAACGAGUCUGAGGGACGAAGCUGUCAGAAGC